AAAAUAUAAAAUAAUGAUCAACACGUCAACGUAAUCAAGGUAUCAAAAGUAUUUAUAUUGCCAACCAGUUGGAAUGAUCAUACAGUCUUCUGGUAAGCUCCGAAGGAAAGAUGAAACUCGCUUUGAUAAUUCCUAUCCUUUUCGUGCUCCUUCAAUUUUCGACAUGUCAAGAUAUUGAUAAUGACAAUGAAUCUAAUGACGACAUGCCUGGUCCUCAUAGAGUAGGAGGACGUAGACAUUGUCAUGGUCCUCCUCCUUUUGGUAAGAGACCACCUGGUCCACCACCUGAUGAAGAUUAUGAUGACAAUAACGACAAUCAAAACAGCACGUCGAAGAGAUCUGUUAAUCGUAGAAAUGCACCUGCUAUGAACGAAGACGAUAUGCAAGGUGGCAUGCAAGGUGGUAUGCAAGGUGGUAUGCAAGGUGGUAUGCAAGGUGGUAUGCAAGGAGGUAUGGAAGGAGGUAUGGGAGGAGGUAUAGGAGGAGGUAUGGGAGGAGGUAUGGGAGGAGGUAUGGGAGGUGGUGGACAAAGUGGUCCACCUAACAGAAACCGCAAACGAGAUACAAAAGAGAUUCGAGGUUUCUAUCGGCUUGAAAACAGUAGAACCUUCAGGAAGAGAAGAAGUACUAUACCGAAUACUAUUAUAGAACAACCCCAGCAGUACUAAACAAUUGGAGAAGAUUAAUUGGCGUAACUUUACGACGCAGAAUAUGAAAUAGUUUUAGAAUCGUAGAAAAUAUCGAAAAUGUUAUUGUGUUAAUCGUAAAAAAUGAUUGGAAAAGAUUAUAAGAAUAAAAAAUAUUUUACUGUUUAA